UGGCGGCGGCAGCUGCCGGGUGUCCGCGGUUUGGCUGCCUAGCCGAACGGGCUCUGGCUCCUCCCAGUGGCCGGCCGGGGCGGAAGCAGGAGGCGGGGGCAGCGUGCGCGCUGCUGGUCUCCUCUCCCGCGGCGCUGGGGCCCGCGCUCCGUGGUUGCUGCUAGAUUCGGCGCCUCGCAGUCGGCCAGCUCCUCUCCGCGCCCGCGCGCUUCUAGACCAGGCCUCCUCCUCAAGCCCAGCCCGCUGCGUCGACCCCGCCGGCCCUCCCGCCCCGUCUCAUACUGUGGCCACCGCUCCGCGGCCCCGGCCCCGAUGGCUCUUUGCAACGGAGACUCCAAGCUGGAGAAUGCUGGAGGAGACCUUAAGGAUGGCCGCCACCACUAUGAAGGAGCUGUUGUCAUUCUGGAUGCUGGUGCCCAGUACGGGAAAGUCAUAGAUCGAAGAGUGAGAGAACUGUUCGUGCAGUCGGAAAUCUUUCCCUUGGAAACACCAGCAUUUGCCAUAAAAGAGCAAGGAUUCCGUGCUAUUAUCAUCUCUGGAGGACCUAAUUCUGUGUAUGCAGAAGAUGCUCCCUGGUUUGACCCAGCGAUAUUCACUAUUGGCAAGCCUGUUCUUGGAAUUUGCUAUGGCAUGCAGAUGAUGAAUAAGGUAUUUGGAGGUACUGUGCACAAAAAAAGUGUUAGAGAAGAUGGAGUCUUCAGUAUUAGUGUGGACAACACAUGCUCGUUGUUCAGGGGUCUUCAGAAGGAAGAAAUUGUUUUGCUUACUCAUGGAGAUAGUGUAGACAAAGUAGCUGAUGGAUUCAAGGUUGUGGCACGUUCUGGGAACAUUGUGGCAGGUAUAGCAAAUGAAUCUAAAAAAUUAUACGGAGCACAGUUCCACCCUGAAGUUGGCCUUACAGAAAAUGGGAAAGUAAUCCUGAAGAAUUUCCUCUACGAUAUAGCUGGGUGCACUGGGACCUUCACUGUGCAAAACAGAGAACUUGAGUGCAUUCGAGAGAUCAAAGAAAGAGUAGGCACAUCAAAAGUUUUGGUUUUACUCAGCGGUGGAGUAGACUCAACAGUUUGUACAGCUUUGCUGAAUCGUGCUUUGAACCAAGAUCAAGUCAUUGCUGUACACAUUGAUAAUGGCUUUAUGAGAAAACGAGAAAGCCAGUCUGUAGAAGAAGCCCUCAAAAAGCUUGGAAUUCAGGUCAAAGUGAUAAAUGCCGCUCAUUCUUUCUACAACGGAACAACAACUCUACCAAUAUCAGAUGAAGAUAGAACUCCACGAAAAAGAAUUAGCAAAACAUUAAAUAUGACAACAAGUCCUGAAGAGAAAAGAAAAAUUAUUGGGGAUACUUUUGUUAAGAUUGCCAAUGAAGUAAUUGGAGAAAUGAACCUGAAACCAGAGGAGGUUUUCCUUGCCCAAGGUACUUUACGGCCUGAUUUAAUUGAAAGUGCAUCCCUUGUUGCAAGUGGCAAAGCUGAACUCAUCAAAACCCAUCACAAUGACACAGAGCUUAUCAGAAAGUUGAGAGAAGAGGGAAAAGUAAUAGAACCUCUGAAAGAUUUUCAUAAGGAUGAAGUAAGAAUUUUAGGCAGAGAACUUGGACUUCCAGAAGAGUUAGUUUCCAGGCAUCCAUUUCCAGGUCCUGGCCUGGCAAUCAGAGUAAUAUGUGCUGAAGAACCUUACAUUUGUAAGGACUUUCCUGAAACCAACAAUAUUUUGAAGAUAGUAGCUGAUUUUUCUGCAAGUGUUAAGAAGCCACAUACACUAUUACAAAGAGUCAAAGCUUGUACAACGGAAGAGGAUCAGGAGAAGCUGAUGCAAAUUACAAGUUUGCAUUCAUUGAAUGCCUUCCUGUUGCCAAUUAAAACUGUAGGUGUGCAGGGUGACUGUCGUUCCUAUAGUUACGUGUGUGGCAUCUCCAGUAAAGAUGAGCCUGACUGGGAAUCUCUUAUUUUCCUGGCUAGACUUAUACCUCGCAUGUGUCACAACAUUAACAGAGUUGUCUAUAUAUUUGGCCCACCAGUUAAAGAACCUCCUACAGAUGUUACUCCCACUUUCUUGACAACAGGGGUGCUCAGUACUUUACGCCAAGCUGACUUUGAGGCCCAUAACAUUCUCAGGGAGUCCGGGUAUGCUGGGAAAAUUAGCCAGAUGCCGGUGAUUUUGACACCAUUGCAUUUUGAUCGGGACCCACUUCAGAAGCAGCCUUCAUGCCAGAGAUCUGUGGUUAUUCGAACCUUUAUUACUAGUGAUUUCAUGACUGGUAUACCUGCAACACCUGGCAAUGAAAUCCCUGUAGAGGUGGUGUUAAAGAUGGUCACUGAGAUUAAGAAGAUUCCUGGUAUUUCUCGAAUUAUGUAUGACUUAACAUCAAAGCCCCCAGGAACUACCGAGUGGGAGUAAUAAACUUCUUGUUCUAUUAAA